CUGUGUGUGAGCUUCAGCUCCAACUUUUUAGCGAAGGCAGCGCCACGAGAAUAAGAUCUCGACUUUGUAACAAUAUUUGAUUCAGUACGUGCAUGCGCAACAAAUUCCAACACAAACGAGGUGAGGCGCACAGUGGACUCGUCAUUUAAACCGAAGGGACGGUGAAUUACUUUUGACCUGCUGAUCCGGAGAGGAAACCUGAAGGACUCCUUGUCUAACGGAUUUUCCCCAGAAAAGACUAUUGAAGUCAUGAGAGUACGGAGACCACGCGCCCAGUUUUGCAGACUUUUACAAGCCGUUUAGCCUCGAAAUAAAACAAGAAACAUAAUUCAAUUACAAAUAAUUUACAAAUUUUUUUGGAGGGGGUGCGUUGACCUAUAUACGAACAUUUUGUUAAAAAGUGUAUUUUUUGCAUUCGUGAUUUUAUUCCAAGUUGUGUUUAUUUUGUAAAAUAUGCCGGAAUUCGCCCCAAAAAUGACAUUUACAUUCCGUUGUGCACUGGUGGUCUUGUGUGCGCUUUUUCCUCCGUCUUCCGGCCAGUACCACGGGGAGAAAGGAAUCUCCAUACCAGAACACGGCUUCUGCCAGCCCAUCUCCAUACCCUUGUGCACGGACAUCGCCUAUAACCAGACCAUCAUGCCGAAUCUCCUGGGCCAUACUAACCAGGAGGAUGCCGGGCUCGAGGUGCACCAGUUCUAUCCUCUCGUGAAAGUCCAGUGUUCCAUGGACUUGAAGUUUUUCCUGUGUUCAAUGUACGCCCCUGUCUGCACGGUCCUCGAACAGGCUAUACCGCCGUGUCGGUCUCUGUGUGAACGGGCGAGACACGGCUGUGAGGCACUAAUGAAUAAGUUCGGGUUCCAGUGGCCGGAGAGGCUGCGCUGUGAGAAUUUCCCAGUGCACGGAGCGGGAGAGAUCUGUGUAGGUCAAAACACCUCGGACACGGACAGCCCGACUUCUUACCCAACACCCUACGUUCCUGAGCUAAUGACUCUACCCCCCAAUAUGGGCCGACCCAGCCAGCACCACGAUUUCUCCUGCCCUCUACAACUUCAGGUGCCCAACUAUCUGAAUUACUAUUUCAUGGGGGCCAAGGACUGCGGAGCGCCUUGCGAGCCAACCAAGCCAAACGGAUUGAUGUAUUUUCGGGAAGAGGAGGUAAAGUUUGGCCGGCUAUGGGUCGGAAUAUGGUCCAUCUUGUGCUGUGUGAGCACCCUGUUCACGGUGCUGACCUAUCUAGUGGACAUGAGACGGUUCCGCUACCCAGAGAGGCCAAUAAUAUUCCUCUCUGGCUGUUACUUUAUGGUCGCUACUGCUUACGCGGCUGGGUUCUUCUUGGAAGACAAAGUGGUGUGUAUAGAUAAAUUCAAGGAUGAUGGCUACAAGACUGUAGCCCAGGGCACCAAGAAGGAAGGUUGUACUAUUCUGUUCAUGAUUCUUUAUUUCUUCGGCAUGGCCAGCUCAAUUUGGUGGGUCAUUCUGUCCCUUACAUGGUUCCUCUCUGCGGGUAUGAAGUGGGGUCAUGAAGCCAUAGAGGCCAACUCUCAGUAUUUUCACCUCGCAGCCUGGGCUGUCCCUGCUGUUAAAACUAUUACUAUCCUUGCCAUGGGGCAGGUCGACGGAGACCUACUCACUGGGGUGUGCUACGUGGGCAUCAACAGCGUUGAUUCCUUGCGGGGCUUCGUUUUGGCCCCUCUUUUUGUAUACCUUUUUAUAGGGACGUCGUUCCUUCUCGCGGGUUUUGUGUCUCUGUUCCGAAUCAGAACCAUCAUGAAACACGACGGAACCAAGACGGAGAAGCUGGAGAAGCUCAUGGUUCGGAUCGGAGUGUUCAGCGUUCUCUACACAGUACCAGCUACAAUCGUAAUAGCCUGUUACUUCUACGAACAGGCAUUCCGCGAGCAGUGGCAGAAAACCUGGCACAUGCAGACGUGCAAGAGAUUCGCGGUGCUUUGUCCUACAAACAAUUUUGCCCCAAUGACCCCGGACUUUACGGUCUUCAUGAUCAAGUACUUGAUGACUAUGAUUGUCGGCAUUACCUCCGGGUUCUGGAUAUGGUCCGGGAAAACACUGCAGUCUUGGCGCAGAUUCUAUAAGAGACUUAGUAACAGCAAUCAGGGAGAAACGACAGUUUGAACUGUGUUAACGUCGCCAUAAACAACUGGGAAAUUAUAGAAUAGGCUGCAUCUGAAAUGGGACCCUAUUUCACAUAUUAGGUCACUACGUUUGACCAGUGCCAGGAAUAGGGUGCCAUUUGGGAUGCAGAUAGUCGGGACAGGACAAAACUCUUGGAAUAAGAAUGCGGGUUUUCCUAUUCUGUUCGGUAUGGGGCUCGUGCAAGCCCAGCCAGCCUCUGGCUGGGAGAUUACUUUCACGAGCCUCUGUGUGUCAUGGGCUUCACAGAUUCCAGGAUUGCUGUGAGAAAAGGACACUGUGUGCGAUAAUAAGGUGAAGACAAAUGGAAAAACGAGUUCCAUAUAAACAAUGCAGAACCAAUCCAGAUGUUGUCUAACGUGUCGUUUUAUCUCUCGUGUGUCAAAUCAUGAAUGAUGUAUGUUUAUCCGUUGGGUCUUUAAAAUAAUGUGAUUUGCGUUAGCCUAUAGAGGAGAUGGUCUGUACAUUAAUUACUCUGCUAUUCACGCUAUAGGUCUAUAGAGAUACUACAUUAUAAUAUUGGCACGUUAUAACUGAGCACACAACGGGGUUGCCUUACGAAUGUAUCCUUCCGUUUGUUUUUGUGUAUUUUUGUGUGUUACGUUCACAGUCAAUCCGUGACAAUCGUGAAUAAUUUCGACGGACAAAUUUAACGGACAGACUGAUGGACAGACUUAACUGACAAUCUGACAGGGAUUGUUGCAUCGGAUUUGGGAAUAUGCAUGUCUGUAGCUGUGGGAUUAUGCAAGCUAUUGCAUUAAACAUGCCUUGUAAAUAACACUUCUUAUCAAAGAAUAUAUGUAUUUAUGAAAAUAAUCUUACCGUUUUUUUACUAUCAUUUUUUUUAACGCGGUAAGAGAUGCCAUUUGUACCUGUACAGUUUCACUGAAUAAAAUUGUUAGAUUUUU